CGUGAUCGAUAUGGUUUCAGAUGCGAAUCGCAGCAUGUGUCCUUAGAAGACUAUAAGGCCUGGCAGAAACGCUACGAAGAACAUCUCGUUCGUAGGCAUUACAAAUGGGAUACAUUGCUCAAUGAAACAUCUCAAGCGAAUGCUGUACGGAGAAACGGCAGUGAUAUCGAAUUCCCCGCUAGGUCAGCCAAAUUACAGCGAUACAUCCGCAAGGGCAUACCACCUGAAUACCGCGGCCAAGCUUGGUUUCACUACGCAAAUGGCCAUGCAUGUUUACGUGCACAUCCGGGUCUUUACCAUCGCCUGGCGGAACAAGCGUGUCGACUCUGUAGCGACGGUAACAAUGACUUGAUUGAACGAGAUUUGCAUCGCACAUUCCCAGAUAAUAUCCACUUCAAACCCGACGGCUACACUCGGACGGGACAGACUGCAAAUGCUACUGCGUUCCAGGAAGAACCACCCAUGAUCGCUUCGUUGCGGCGCGUUUUGCAGGCAUUCGCGCUCUAUCGGCCACAAGUGGGCUAUUGCCAAUCACUCAAUUUUAUUGCGGCACUCUUCUUGCUGUUUAUGCCGGAGGAGCGCGCUUUUUGGAUGGUGGUGAUUACCACAACGGAUUAUCUACCGCAUGUGCAUGAUGCGAACUUAGAAGGCGCGAAUGUCGACCAAGCAGUCUUGAUGCUGGCAGUUCGAGAAUGUCUGCCGUCAAUAUGGAGUCGUCUCGGCCAGGGCUUUGAAACGCCUUCUUCUCCACACCCUACUACACCACAUGAAAUUAUUGGCAAGCUUCCUCCAAUAACGCUAGUGACGGCUGCGUGGUUCAUGUCUGCUUUCAUUGGAAUCCUACCUAUCGAAACCACCCUUCGCGUCUGGGAUUGCUUAUUCUACGAAGGCUCAAAAGUCUUGUUUCGCAUUGCCUUGACGAUUUUGAAGCAAGGCGAACGCUCCAUUCUCGCAGUCUCAGAUCCGAUUGAAAUUUUUCAGGUUGUGCAGACGCUACCUCGUCAAAUGAUCGAUGCGGGUGCAUUGAUGGAGGCGUGCUUCAAACGACGCAAUGGAGUGGGUCAUCUCUCGCAAAAAGAAGUAGAUGCCAGGCGUCAGAAAGUUGCUGCAAUCCGGGGA